AUGAAUUAUCCUAAUCAAAGAGGUUUAGGCAAGAGAGUGAGUAAGAGUGUUCGAAAAAGAGUUUGCCCUUACUGCAAUUUGACAUUCAAUGGUGGGAAAGCCCUUGGCGGACACAUCAAAAUUCACCUUAAAAGAAGAAGAACCUAUUGUUCUAAACAAUAUCACAAAAAAUCUAUGAUUGCUCCAUCAUCUCAACCAGAAUAUCCUGAUCAUGGUGAAGAGACCGUUGAUCUCACGAAAUACUUGUCUGAGUUAAAAUGGGGUGUCGGCCGUGAGCGUAUUGAAGAUCUCACACAAUACUUAUCUGGCCUAAAAUGGGGUGUCAAACGUGAGACUUACGAUCUCACAAAACAUUUGUCACGUGGAUGGAGGCUAACGAAAUCAAGAGGGAAAAGAGAGCGACUUAGAUCUAAAUUUCAGCUUGUACGUUGUUCUAAGGAGCAUAAGAUGAGUUUAAAGAUCAUGGAGAGGUUGAAAAGAUAUAGUUUGAAUGCUAAUUUUCACCAUAUUAUAUGGAACAAGAAAGUUUAUAAUUGUACUACUUGCAAUAUGAACUUUGCCAGAUUUCGUGCGGUGGUUUCUCAUGUGAAAGAAAAGAUUGAAUCUUCAGAAUCUUAUACCACCGUUGAAAUGCUAUCAUCAAGGGAAGGAGAUAAGGAAGAACAAGAAGUAACAAGUGCUGCGGAAAGAUCCCUUGAUGUUGUGGGAGAGAAGAAAGAUGAAAUAAAUCAAGGUGGAUUGCAAGGAGAAGAACUGGUGGUGCAUGGGGCUCAUAAGGAACCAAUUCGAGGAGAUCUAGCUCCAAUGAGGUGUGGAAUGGAAGAAGAGGGUGAAAAUACAGUGAGGGGAGAAGCUUCAAAGGUUGAUGAUGGUUUCAAAUUAUUAAAAUUUGAUCUGAAUGAGCUUCCUCCUAUGGAAUGA